AAUAUAGAGCAUGUACUCAAUCGGAUUCUGGGGCAUAUUGUCGGGCAUUUUCAAGUUCUUUCUAAUCACCAUCUAUCUUACAUCCCCGGUUAGGAUUGUCAUGGACUCCCAAUAGAGCUUGAAGCAUUACAACCUCACUCAGAAUCUCGGCGGGAGGGGGGGGGGGGGGCAAGACCAGAGGUAGGGCUGCCCAUCCUCCUGCUGUUUGCUUGCUGCUGCUGAGAGAGGGGAGGCGGUGGAUUCAGGUGAGCUUAGAUCUCGGGGGUGGAAACUUGCGGAGAAGACAGUCAUUGAAAAACUAUGGAUUGCGGAUUACGAGAUAACACAGCUGCGAGUGUUUAAAGAGAUUCUCAACAGAGGCUUAAUAGAUAGACGGCUUAAGCCUCUCUUUUGGAGUCCUAGUUCGGGAACUGCACUUGUAGAAGGGGAAUUAGAGUAU